AUGGCAUACAAAAAUGUGGUCACAAUGCUUGCGGUAAAUCUGUUCAUGUGCUGCUUUUGUACGUUGUUUCUUGCAGAAGCUAUGCGCGCAAACCACCACUUCAGAAGUGAUUCAGCCUUUACAAGGCUCAAAAGAAUGGAAGCCUCAAUUAAAGCUCAAAGUACGGGAAGACUAGAAACCCUAGUGGGUAUGGGUGUUCCUGUGGUGGGCGAGGACAGAGCAUACUUCAUGACAAUUGGCAUGGGAACGCCACCAAUAAACAUACGCUCACAAGUUGAUACGAGCAGCGAUCUAAUUUGGUUUGACUGUACAGCCCUCCCCGCAGGUUCCUCUACCUUCAAAUCUGUUCCCUGCCCAUCUUCCUUCUGCUCUGAUCUUCCCAAUUCCACCUGUUCAACAAACUGUCAAUUUUCUCAUAAUUACACAGGCGGCCGGAACAUAUCGGGCGAGUUAUUCUCCGAGACCUUCACCAUGACAAAUGGAAGCGGGGCCGUGCAUUCCUUUGGUGGAGUAGCGUUUGGGUGCAGCCAUGACACCCAGGGACAGAGCGAGGUGGGCGCCAACGGCGUGGUGUGGAACAACGGCCUCGUGGGGAGAAACGGCGUUGUGGGGCUCGGGCGAGGGAAAUUAUCGCUUAUCUCACAGAUUGGCGAGUCUAAAUUUUCCUACUGUCUUGCUGAUGAUUAUGCGGAAGACUACGAUGACAUAACCUACACGCCUCUCCUUUUUGGCAGCGCAGAAGAAUUGAGCGGCACAGGAGUGCAGUCGACAAUGAUGAUAAAAAACUCAGCCAGGCCGGAGCUCAACAACUACUAUUACCUCUCUAUGGAAGGGAUAAGUGUGGGGAAUAUAUCUGUGAAUAUUCCGCAAGGAACGUUCGAUAUACAAGCGAAUGGAAGCGGGGGAUUCAUCAUCGACUCUGCAACACCGUACACUGUUUUACCGCAUGGCGCCUUCACUGCAGUAGCAUCUGUUUUGGACUCUCUUUUCGAUUCUGCUUCUGGGUUCCGGAGAAUUAACAAUUCUCGAGAUGGGUUUAGUCUAUGCUAUCAAUCACCUUAUGCCUUGGCACCUUAUCUGAAUAUGACUUUUCACAUGGGUAGGGGCGCAGACUUUGUUAUUGAAGGAAGACAGAAUUUCAUUACAUAUACAGACGUUGAUCCUUCUGUAGUGUGUCUGGCAGUGCUGGACAUGGGGGAUGCUUCUGUUGAAGGUGUGCCAGCCGUCCUUGGAAAUUUUCAACAACAAAAUUAUCAUAUUCUUUACGACAAUGGCAAUGAGACUCUUUCGUUUGUCACCACCAAUUGCAGGCGUCUUGUGAAUGGCCCUUCACUCUACCCGGAAUACUCACAGUCUAAAGCUCUCACCUUGGGCUGCCAUGGUUUGUCGCUGGCGCUGGACUCCACUAAUCUUCUCUGUCUCCGUAUCCCUACUACUCCAACUACCGCAUUCACUCCAUCUUUUCGAGCUCUGUUUUAA